CACUGCCUGGACAGCCGACCUCUGCCAAAGUCUCUGGAAAAGAGAGAGAGAGAAAGAGAAGGAUGCAGAGCUACUGGGCCCUCCUCGUGCUGUUCGCUGGGGCGGUGGUGGCGGCUCCCACCCCGCAGGCCCCCGCCAGCUACGAGCAGGUGGUGGCGGCCGCCGUGGACACCUACAACCAGCAGCAGAAGCCGGAGUACGCUUUCCGCCUGCUGGAAGCCGAGCCCCAGACGGAUUGGCAAACCUCUGGGGAGACCACACAGCCGCUGAAAUUCUCGAUCAAAGAGACCGUGUGCCGUUCCUCGGAGACCCCUAACGUCUCCCAGUGUGACUACAAAGAUGACGGGGUCGACCGGGACUGCUCGGGAUUCUAUUCCACUCAGCAGAAACCGCCGACCAUCAUUAUCCAGUGUGAGGAUGUGGACCAAGAGCUGCAGCGCAUCACCCGGGGCCGCUGGAGCAGGUGGAGGAAUAAAGCCAAACGUUUCAUUAAGAAGCACGGCGUGAGCAUUGCCUUAACGGCGCUCCGAUUUGGAUAGAGCCUGCGAGAAGGAAUCAUCACCGCUGUGCCACGAUCGCGGCUACGGCACCCCCUCCGAGAUCCCGCGAACCACCCGUUUGGAAGUUCUGCACCUGUCUACCCCCCC